AGCCUGCGGGGCCUGGGGAGCAGCGCGCGUGCGCACAGCGCGUGUCCCGGCUACACGCCGGCAAGACGCCUUCCUCCGUGGCAAGCGGGAGGAAGAGUACAGGUCCCAGGGGGCGGGAUUUGCAGCACCUGAGGUCGCCAUGGCUACCGAGCCCGAGACCCCUGUGGCCGCCUUGGCUGCGGAGCCCGCGGUGCCAUCGCUUGUGGAUCGUUACUUCACUCGCUGGUACAAAGCGGAUGUCAAAGGAAAACCCUGUGAGGACCACUGUAUACUACAACACUCUAACCGAAUAUGUGUCAUCACACUGGCAGGAUCCCAUCCAGUUCUUCAAAGUGGAAAAGCAAUUAAAAGCAUUUCCUAUCAAAUCAGUACCAACUGUAGCAGACUUCAGAACAAAGUCUCUGGGAAAUUCAAGCGGGGGGCACAGUUUCUAACAGAACUUGCACCUCUGUGUAAGAUUUACUGCUCUGAUGGAGAAGAAUACACCAUAUAUAGCUGUGUUAGAGGACGGUUGAUGGAAGUGAAUGAAAACAUCCUCCAUAAGCCAUCCAUUCUUCAAGAGAAGCCAUCCACCGAAGGCUACAUUGCAGUUGUGUUGCCCAAGUUUGAAGAAAGUAAAAGCAUAACAGAAGGGUUACUGACACAAAAACAGUAUGAAGAAGUCAUGGUGAAACGCAUCAAUGCCACAACAGCGACCUCAUGAGGAUUAAGAUUGAGUAAAAACAACAGGGCAUUCUUAUCCUUACCUGGCCUACCAGUCAGUGCACUAAGGAAGAACCAGAGAUGCUGAAAUGUACUUCACACCCGGCCAUCCGCAGGGAGGCCUGAUCUUAAAACCUGACCUAGGUUUCCUUCUUCGUCUUGCAUAACAAGCCUUGAUUCCAUUUUGUCUUCAACCUCCCAGAUCUGCCUGCCCAUGUACAUACUCUGUUCUUCUUUUGCUUUUCUCUUUCUAACAACUGGCAAGCGACAGACGUUUUUCUGAUUAAAAGCCAACAAACAAA